AUGUACCAGCCAGACGGCCCGCCUCGUGUGCGGAUGUACCAGCUGGUCGGUCUCGCACUGUGCCACAUUCGGUUUGUUUUCCACUUAAAUAUACUAAGCUACUUUGAAAAAUCUAACCAACUGACCACAGAUAAGAAUUCUGUCUUUUUUGAGGGGGGUAAUUCUUUUCUCUCUCUUUUUUUUUCCCUAUUCUUUUCUCUCUCUUCUUUUUUUUCCUAUUCUUUUCUCUCUCUCUUUUUCCCUAUUCUUUUUUUCUCUCUCUUCUUUUUCCCUAUUCUUUUCUCUCUCUCUUUUUUUUCCCUAUUCUUUUCUCUCUCUUCUUUUCCCUAUUCUUUUUCUCUCUCUUCUUUUUCCCUAUUCUUUUCUCUCUCUUUUUUUCUCCCUUCUUUUUUCUCUUCUUUUCUCUCUCUUCUUUUUUCCCUAUUCUUUUUCUCUCUCUUCUUUUUUCCCUAUUCUUUUUCUCUCUCUUCUUUUUUCCCUAUUCUUUUUCUCUCUCUUCUUUUUUCCCUAUUCUUUUUCUCUCUCUUCUUUUUUCCCUAUUCUUUUUCUCUCUCUUCUUUUUUCCCUGUUCUUUUUCUCUCUCUUCUUUUUUCCCUGUUCUUUUUCUCUCUCUUCUUUUUUCCCUGUUCUUUUUCUCUCUCUUCUUUUUUCCCUAUUCUUUUUCUCUCUCUUCUUUUUCCCUAUUCUUUUCUCUCUCUUCUUUUUCCCUAUUCUUUUCUCUCUCUUCUUUUUUUCCCCUAUUCUUUUCUCUCUCUUCUUUUUCCCUAUUCUUUUUCUCUCUUCUUUUUUCCCUUUUCUUUUCUCUCUCUUCUUUUUUCCUAUUCUUUUCUCUCUUUUUUUUUCCCCUCUCUUCUUUUUUCCCCUCUCUUCUUUUUCCCCUCUCUUCUUUUUCCCCCCUCUCUUCUUUUUUCCCCCUCUCUUCUUUUUUCCCCUCUCUUUUUUUUUUCCCUAUUCUUUUUCUCUCUCGUUUUUUCCCUCUUUCCUUCUUUCUCCUCCAAUAUCUCUCUCUCUCUUAGUCUGUGUCUCAGAUCUCUCUCUCUUAGUCUGUGUCUCAUCUCUCUCUCUCUCUUAGUCUGUCUGUCUCUCUCUCUCUUAGUCUGUCUCUCUCUCUCUCUCUUAUCUGUGUCUCUCUCUCUCUCUCUCUUAGUCUGUGUCUCGCAUCUCUCUCUCUCUCUCUUAGUCUGUGUCUCGCAUCUCUCUCUCUCUCUUAGUCUGUGUCUCGCAUCUCUCUCUCUCUCUUAUGUGUUUCACCCCUUUCUCUUACUCGGUGCCUUUUCCUUUCCUCUUUUUUUCCAUUGUUCUUCUAAUUCUCUCUUUCUCUCCCUUUUUAAUCCCCAAAUUCCAUUCCUGCUUAUAGACCCAUUCUCCAAUCUCUCAAAGAAAUAUAAACAAACCUAG